CCCAUUAAUGCUUCAAGGGAGACUCGCACAGGAAGCACAUGGUUUCUCUCUCCUCUCUCUCUCUCUAUAUAUAUAUAUAUAAAUAGAUACAGAAACAAUUGGUUAUUAGAAAUAAGUGAUUAGUGAACAUGGAUACUAGGAAAAUGGGAGUUUUUCUGAGGAUUAUUUCAACUGUUCUAUUGGUACUGAGUGCUUGUCUUGUGGGUUUGGACACUCAAACAAAAGUUAUCUUUUAUACAUUCACCAGAAAAGCAACUUUCAGAGACUUGGAUGCCUUAUAUUUGUUAGUAUGGAUUGAUAGUGGAGCAGCUGUGUAUAAUCUUCUCCAACUCUUCAGAAGUUUCAGAAAGAAUCUUAUUACAGCUCCUUACAAGAAUCUUGCUUGGGGAGUUUACUUUCUUGACCAGGCAGCAGCGUACGUGGUUUUUGCCGCCAACACGGCGGCAAUCCAAGCAUCGGCGCUGGCGGUUACCGGCGAGGAAAGUUUCCAGUGGAUGAAAUUAUGCAAUAGGUACACAAGGUUUUGUUUUCAAAUUGGUGGGGCCCUUGUAUGUAGUUAUAUUGCAGCUAUUUUAAUGGCCAUUAUUUCUACCAUGUCUGCAUAUGCUCUGUUCAGACUUUAUUCACCUAAGCAGUUCCUUCUGCUCAAGGGCAGAUAAUUAAUGUUUUUUUAUUUAUUAUUGUCAUUGACAACGUUAGUAUUGUACAAUAAUGUUUUAAUUUUCCAGUGCACCUAUAUGGUUGGCUGCGGGUUCCUGCAUUACCAAAAAAAAAAAAAAAAAAAAAAAAAAAAAAAAAAAAAAAAAAAAAAUGUUUUAAUUUUUUAUGACCUGUUUUUUGUGCUACUUAUCAAGUUGGUUGUAAGUUAAGAUUGUUUGAAAAAUAUUAAUCUCUCCUCGAUUCC